AUUCAGCACUCUGGAACGUGUCCAUGUGGUGGGUGUGUUCGCCCUCAGCUGCCAUAAUGUGCCCGUACGAGUACAGUACUGGGUAUCUCGGGCGAACUACAGUACUAGUACAAGCACAUGGUGAUACCGGUACACAAUAACCACUGACCUCAAACCAGAGAUCGAGGAGCCAUGUCCGCGCCACGCUUUCCGGGGCAAGACCGCUAACCAAGGCGUCCUUGCAUUGGGGCUAAGUUCUCUCUCCUACGGUUGUCGCCUGAAACACACAUACCGCUGUCCCCGACAGGGAGCGCUUACGGUCUGAGAGAGGAUAGCGAGUGGACUGGGGAAAAAUAUUUCUCCCAGAGUCCCAGUGGACCAUCGGUCCCCCCUCCAUAUAAAGGCUUCGCCUUGGGAACUCGGUUCGAGGUUGUGGGUUCCUUUGGAAGUUUCCACUCACCACUCUGGUACACUGCCGCACCAACUGAUCCGCUUCCACCGUUAUCCAUUGGUAACUGCCUGGGAUGGGGAGCAUACUGCAGUUUCUGCAGAAGUCCGGGCGGGAAAUCCGGCGGAGCGUCAAAUUCUAUACCUCGAAAGAGAUCAUCAUACCUUGCCGGCGUUGUGGGCGAUACGUCCCAAUAAAGGUUAUCGGAUUGUUGCUUGAGCCGGACAAGUCGAUAGAAUUCAAGUGCAAGCAUUGCACCCAGGUGGUUGGCUUCACCAUGAGAUGUCCACCAACACGAACAUAUUCUUCACCGCCAAACUGGCAACCGAACUACAAUCCAGCGGCUCCAUUUGAACCAGAUUCAGCCAAACGGGAUAUAUACGGUGACCCUGUUUCUAUCGGUAGUCAAAUUUAUAUCGCGGAAACCGGCCAUGCGGGUAACAGAAAUUCGGAUUCCCAUAGCGAAGUGAGGGAUUUACGGGAUGAGCCAGAGCCCUCACCCCCCUCUCGAAACCCUACAUCUUCCAGCCUGAAGGGCAAACAAAAAGCCCCGGCAAGAAAGGCAAGCGUCUCCUUCUCCGAACACCCACCAACGUUAUAUGGCACACCCGGUAGGGAGCUUCCCGAUCGAAGCUCAAGCGAAUACUUUGGUGAGGAUGGCUCCAUAGAUGGAAAUUCACGAAGUCGUCAAAGCUCCGUGAGUUUGCCGAGGCGACCCUCGCCCGGCUUCCGCCUCCACGACACUAUGGGCUUUGAGAGUAUGGCGGAUAAACCAAUCAACCGUCACUCCUGGAACUCAAGGCAUUCUGUUGGGCCCAGUUACCGUUCGCAUUCCCCGGCCCCACCAGUUCCUCCCAUUCCCGGGUCAACAACUCCCACCUCUGGUACCAUGUCAAGACGGAGUACCUUAAACCGGAGGUCAGAGGACUACACAAUGGACCUUUCAGUGAGCCCAAGACUCAGUUCUGAAUCUAACAGUAGUCAAGACUGGCAUAAUCUACAAACAAACCGCUCGUCACCGGACCCUGAAUUCGAUCAUAGACGUGAGCUUCCCGCCACAGUUGAUCGAAGUGUGUCUGGGAAACGACGUUCAGAAUCUCAACGGAGUCUCCACAGAGUUGCUGUCAACAGGAGACAGAGCAUUCGUCUGGAAAACGAGGACGAAUCUGGAGCCAUUGCUUCCAGCAUUAAGAGGCGCGAUAGCAUGGGAUCUGAUUUCGAAGUUGAACCAUCUGAUGAACAGGUUCGGCAUGCAACACAGAUUUGGAGCGAGCGCAGAAGAUACGAAAAUGCGGAUGUCCAGUGGGCUCGUGACAUUCUCAGGAGGCACAAGAGCUGGAGGAAUACAAACAGCAAAUAUCCUAACCCCCUCCAAGCGAAUAGGGGAAGCGUCGAACAGUUUCAAACACGGCAGGACAAUGCUGGUGAAGGAUCUAGCUCCAGCGCCAACCAUCACCCUCAGCAGCCAUACCCAUUAACUAUACCAGUGUUUUCGGGUUCUACCCCAGGGUUUAUGGGAAAUAACAUCCCCACCCCUGUGGAGGAGGAGCCAGAUUCUGCUGGGCUCAGAGGUGGAACCGCUGCCAACAGGUCUUCACGGGAACUCGAAAUACGGUUUGGAAGAGACCCAGAGCCUUCGGAGUUUUCACCCGCCGGCACUCCCCAGGCCGGCAACAUCCAAGCGCAACUUGAUGAUUUCGGUGGCCUCGCUCCUCCUAAUGGCAGCGGUGCGCCGCGUCAAGAGGCUGCCCCGUCAGAUAUGCCCAGACCCCAGCUAAACCCUCGCUAUGCAGUCCGAAGGUUGAGGCGACGCUGCAGGAAGGCGCUGAAGGCCUUUGCGCGCAAGAUAUCAUUAUUCCGCCGUAUUUCGAACAGCUCAGCACCCCAGGCACCACCUGCAGCCGUAGCUGCCGCUGUUGAUCACCCUCAACAGGACUCCGGUAUAUUCCCAAGUUCUCCGGAACUGCCGGAGAACUUGGGGCCCACAUCCACCAGCCAGGACUUGGAGAUGCACGAAGCGCCACCUGAUGACCCUGCUGAAGCGGAGGCCAGCACGCAGGUUUACUCGGGGGAGAUCACUCAUGACCCUUCUGAGGAAGAGGUCAACCGGGUUGUCGGUGAGAUAGCCCAUACCAUCAAUGGUAUGGUCGCCCCGUUAAUAGAGCUGGAAUUCGAAGCAACACCUCUACAGCUAGGGUUCGCUCCCCGGCAAGUAUCAAUGUAAGGGACAAGUUAUGUUUUCCUAUAUUUCCUCUAGUUUUGGGGUGUUUUUUUCACCCCCUUUUUUUCUUUCUCCUUCGUUCUUGCUAUUAUUUCAUGGUAAAUUUUUAUAUACCUUCGGAACAGUUACAAAAUAGGUCCAAUCUUGUUGGUGUAUGCGUUGGAAACGUAUAGGUACCCGAUGCACUUAAUUUGUAAUGAUAAUAAAAAGAGUAUAUAUUUCUUUGGGAA